UUUAACAAGUGUUGACAUUUCAUUCCAGUAACAUACACUAUACAAUUUAAUUUAAUUUUCUCUUUCAGUGUCUAUAUUUUCCUGCGUUUUCUUUUUCUUUUUCUCGUUUGCAGAAAGUGGUUGGUUGCAGAGGAUGUUACCUCUGACUAUGAGUUUGAUGAGGGUGCUGGGAAGUGGGAAACUGUUCCCACCGGAACACAUAGUCACCGAUUCAGAGGACAUACCUUUUGGAACACUGUGGUGGUUUGUGUACGCUGGAAUUUCAUGUUUUCUUGUCCUCUUCGCUGGGAUUAUGUCUGGUCUCACCCUCGGUUUGAUGUCUCUUGGUCUCGUUGACCUUGAGAUUCUUCAGCGUAGUGGCACUUCCACUGAGAAAAAACAAGCUGCUGCUAUUUUGCCUGUUGUUAAGAAACAGCACCAGUUGCUUGUCACUUUGCUUCUUUGUAAUGCCUGUGCUAUGGAGGCACUUCCUAUCUACCUUGAUAAAAUUUUUCAUCCUGUUGUUGCUGUUAUUUUAUCAGUAACUUUUGUUCUAGCUUUUGGAGAGGUUAUCCCUCAAGCUAUAUGCUCAAGAUAUGGACUCUAUGUUGGUUCAAAUUUUGUGGGACUUGUACGUGUGCUGAUGAUAAUUUGUUUUCCAAUUGCAUACCCUAUUGGAAAGGUUCUGGAUAUAUUACUAGGACACAACGAUGCACUGUUUCGGCGAGCGCAAUUGAAAGCCCUUGUUUCAAUCCAUAGCCAAGAGGCUGGUAAAGGCGGAGAACUCACACAUGAUGAGACAACAAUUAUCAGUGGAGCACUUGAUCUCACUGAGAAGACUGCAGAGGAGGCUAUGACACCAAUUGAAUCUACAUUUUCUUUGGAUGUUGCUUCCAAAUUAGAUUGGGAAGCAAUUGGGAAAAUUCUUGCACGAGGCCAUAGUCGUGUCCCUGUAUACAGCGGAAACCCCAAAAAUAUAAUUGGCCUCUUACUAGUAAAAAGUCUUCUAACUGUAAGAGCUGAAACUGAGACUCCUGUUAGUGCUGUUUCGAUCCGGAGAAUUCCAAGGGUUCCAGCAGAUAUGCCUUUAUAUGACAUCCUAAAUGAGUUUCAGAAAGGAAGUAGCCAUAUGGCCGCCGUAGUCAAGGUUACAAGAGAUAGAAACAGCACUCAGGCUAAUGGAGACACUGACAAAUCUAAGGAUAAUGAAGUUUCCAAGCACAAUUCUCAACUAACUAUACCAUUGCUAGCAAAGUCUUCCGACAAAUCGGAGAGUGUUGUCAUCAGCAUUGACAAAACUCAUAAGCAUGCUGCAGACAAACAAUAUCAACAAAAUGGAACCGCAACAAACGGUGUUCACCAUUUUUGUGAGAACACUGAUGAUGGUGAAGUUAUUGGCAUCAUAACACUGGAGGAUGUUUUCGAAGAACUCUUGCAGGAAGAAAUCGUGGAUGAAACUGAUGUAUAUGUAGAUGUACAUAGAAGAAUACGUGUAGCUGCUGUUGCAGCUGCUACAUCAGUGGCGCGAGUUCCAUCUGGCCGGAAGUUGACGGUUCACAAGCCUGUAGGGAAUCAAGCAAGCAAGUGAAAGUUUGAUAAAGAAAUUUAGAAGAUGAACUUCAAUCAGCAAAGUGUAUUAACAAGCAUAGUUUGUGUGGCCACUAGUACUCUUUUUGUUAGGAUGACAUAGCAUAAUACACGGCCAUAUACUGCUAUAUAAUAGUAUAAUACAUAGAUAAUGUAUUUUGGGCCAUUGUAACAAAAUGUAGAACUAGGAUUUCUAAUAUAAACUCCUGAAUUCUACU